UUUUCAAAUUAGUGAUUUUGCUUCAUUUAUAACAGAGAUAUCAUGUUUUUUUUUAUUUGAAAUUUACAGUUAUAUGGGAGAUGGGCGUGGUUAUUGACUAUAUUCGCCCAUUUCCAAUCCCAAAUUAUCUUGGAGAAAGAGAAUUAUGUGUACCAAUAUCCCAUGAAAUGUAUGAAUUUUCGUUCGAGUUAUCGUGCUCACGGACGGAAGGACGGGCCGUAGGCGUAGCACCGGUCCCAACGGUCCAGCAAAUAUUGAAAUUACUUUUUACUAAGAUUGUGCAUUGUUGUUGCUUUAGCCAAACACCGUUGACGUCUAUGCUUAUCAAUUUCCAUAUGUACACUAAUUACAAUUAUAGUCUAUGUUGUUGUUGUUGUUGUUGUUGCUGCUUGAUUGGUGCUAACGAGCGAAAGCGUUUCAAAUAAAAGCAAAGUAAAAUAUUAUAAUUCGAAGAUUAAGCACCACGCCAAUAAUCAUAGAGAAAAUUUUUCGAGGACGCGACGAUUUCAAACACAAAACAUUAAACAAACAGAAAAGUGUAGUGAAAAUGGUGAGCAGCUCAUCCACUAAUCGCCGACGCCAACAAUCGACCGACACGAUUGCAAACACGUUGCCAAUGUUGCAACAGACACUGUUGCUUGGGAUGGUACUGCUGUUGACCGUUAGCCAAAGCGAAAACGCAGUUGGCGCCACUACGGACUCCCCAAUAAAGUUCAUUAAAUUGCCGGCACAAGCGCCAAUAAUCAAUUAUAUACAGAGCACGGGUGAUUCACCGAUCAUAAGUUAUCGCAACAGUAAGGGACAUUUACCAUCUUACUUAGCCGAAACCACCACCGAAGACAUGGUCAAUGCUCAUACGUCGUCGCCCAUUCUUAGUCGAGCCGCCUUGGCAUAUUCAGAGUACAUAAAUGCGGCUAUGAACCCAAUGGUUAUGGACGAGGAUGCAGCACUGCGGCAGCAGCGUGGUAACGCCAACGCCUGCCCUAGAUCUUGCCCGCCAAGUACAACUGUGGGCGCUGUACCGGUUUGCGCCUCAGACGGCUUAAUAUAUGCGAAUCUCUGUGAAAUGAAGAAAAAAACUUGUUCUCGAAAUGGGUCAAACACAGUAAAGACCAUUAAAGAUGGCUGUGAACGGGCGCGGGGUUCCGAAUGCAAGCACCGGUGUCCAACAGAGAAGGAUCCAGUUUGUGGCACCGACGGCCACACUUACCUAAAUCGUUGUAUGUUGCGCGUGCAAGCGUGUCGUGUAGGUUUGGCUGCGGUUAGCAUGUCGCACGUGGGCGCCUGCAGUAACAUCAGUGCCAUACGCGAAUCCUGUCCGGUAGAUUGUAAGAGCGCACCUAAAGAUGGCCCAAUAUGCGCUUCGGACGGCAAUGUGUACAAUUCGACUUGCGAAAUGAAAUUGCUAACGUGCAGCCAAGGAGUCGUGAAGACCAGUCGAAAGCAUUGCCAAUCGACGCGCAUGUGUCGUGAAUCUUGCUGGCGUGUUGCGCGGCCCACCUGCGGCUCUGAUGGUCGCCUGUACGCCAGUCCAUGUAAGAUGCGUGCUUACAACUGUGGCAAGCAUAUCUUCGAAGUACCGCUAUCAUUCUGCAUGUCACAGGAACGGAAUAGCAAUGGUAGCAAGACAGCGGACAACUGUCCCACCGAGUGCCAGUCAACCUCAGACACGCCAUCACAAUAUGUCUGCGGAAGCGAUGGUAAUAUUUACUCAUCGCUCUGCGAAUUAAAAAUGCUCAAUUGUGGUCCACAAAGAAAAUCUAUACAAAAAAUGAGUAUGGACAAGUGUAAAUCCCGCUUAAAUCGAUGCAAACAAUUGCCGCCUUGCAAAGAUUUUAACAAUUUAUUUGGGUCCAUAUUUUCUUCCCAUCGCAACGACAAACUCUGUGGAAGUGAUGCAAAAACAUAUAACAAUGAAUGUGAACUGGCGCAUGCCACAUGCUUACGAGGGGUAAAUCUGGCGCAUAUUGGCCCCUGUACGGACUUGAAGGCACAGACAAAGGAUUGUGGCGAGCGUUGUACGCGUAACGACAUUGAAAGUGGGCCCGUGUGUGGAUCGGACGGCAAUACAUUCCCGUCGCUAUGCGAUUUUAAACGUCGCACUUGUCACAUGCGUGUCGUUCCUGUAUCCUUAAAGAACUGCUUGCUAACCGCCGAUUGUGAGUCAGAUUGUGAUGCCCAGCCACCAAAUUUCGUUUGUGGAUCUGAUAACAAAUUUUAUAAAUCCGAGUGCCACAUGCGCAAAGAAAACUGUGGCAAACAUGUGUUUGUUGUUCCUCUGAAACGUUGCCUCAGCAGUAUCCAGUUUAAGGGCUGCUCACGAAUUUGCCCUCGUGAGUUCGAACCUAUCUGUGGAACGGAUGAAAUGACAUAUCUUAAUGAAUGCUUCUUAGAAAUCGAAAACUGCCGGACAAAUAACACUGUAAAAGUGAGCCAUUACGGAGCUUGUGGUCGACCAGAGGCGCCGUCCACAAACUAUCUUUACUAAAAAAGCGAUGAUUGAAUACCAUUGGAAGCAGAUUGAUAAAAUUAGCAUUAAUUGCAAUUAUAUUUUUUGUUUAUGUAUUUAUAUUUAUUUAUUUAAGCUGUUUUACAAACAGUUCCGAGUAAUAUUUAUUAUUUUAGUGAUAAUUAAGGUUAGUUUAAAAUAUAGU